GUUUCGCCACCUGUACCGUUUAGCUGCGUUGCUUCCCGUUCUGCCUUCUCUUUCCCCCUUCAUUCUGUUCGUUUAUCCUCGCCGUUGGCCUUUACAGCGCCAUAGGCCUACGCUUUGGCUUCCCCUUCCUCUUCUCUCAUCCUUCUCGAAACCCUAGAUUGUUGAUCUGAUCCGUAGCUAUUCUUCCCCUCCGAUUUGGUUUCAAUUCUUAAUCUGUGUGGUAAAUGGUGGAGACGGAGCAUUGGGAUCUGUGAAUCCGUCGAAAUUUCAGUCCCGGCGGUGGCGAUGGGAGCUUUUUGGACCGAUGAUGACAGGAAGAUGGCGGUGGCGGUUCUCGGCCCCCAGGCCUUUGACUAUCUCGACGCUCGGCACGCCGCCUUCCCCGACGGCCACCUAACCGCUGUCGGCGGCGGAAACGUCGACCUGCAGAACAAGCUCCAGGACCUCGUGGAAGGCCCCGGAUCCGCAUGGGCUUGCGCCAUCUUCUGGCAGAUCUCGCGGUCGGUGGAUGGGGAGCUCGUGCUCGGCUGGGGCGACGGCUACUGCCAAGAGCUCGGGGAUGGCGAGGAAGAGAGCGGCGGCUUUUCGAGUCAUCCCCUCGACGGCGUGCGCCAGAAGAUGCGGAAGCGGCUGCUAGAGCGGCUGCACGCGCUCUCCGGUGGGCUGGACGACGAGAACUACGCGCUUCGGCUUGACCGCAUCACUGAUGCAGAGAUGUACUUCCUGGUAUCCAUGUACUUCUCGUUUCCCAGAGGGGAUGACGCUCCCGGAAGGGCUUUCGCUUCUGGGAAACACAUAUGGAUAUCCGAGGGGGAGCUAAUGUCGCCAGCGUGCUCCAAUUACUGCGUGCGGGCAUAUCUCGCAAGAUCUGCGGGUUUCCGAACGAUCGUGUUCGUUCCAUGCGAUGCCGGCGUGCUUGAGUUGGGCUCGGUGAAUGGCUUGCCUGAAAGCUUCGAAACGCUUCAGAUGAUCAUAUCCGUAUUCGGUCAGGGCCACAUAAAGCUGACUGCCGUGGCUGGGGAGAAGACAGACAAAAAUAUGUUUCCGGUUUCCGCCUUUCCUUAUAGUGCCAAAGAUCAAGUCGACAAGUUUCCGAAGCUUAUUUUUGGGACGGAUUUGAGCACUGGCCGCCGUAAUGCUAAUGAGAGAGCUUCAAUCGUGAAGCGGGAACAGAUCCAAAUGGAUAUAAUCACAAAGCAUAGCGAUCGGCAUCAGACAAGCCCACUCGUCAAUGGUGCUGCGAUGCCUCAGUGGAACCAGCUCCACCAGCAGCAGCAGCAGCAACCACCAGGGCAACAGCAGCACCUGGAAUCGCAUUCACGCCCUCUGCUGGCAUCUGGCCAAAUUAAUUUCAUUUCGGAGGCGCUGGCAAAUACUCCUUCCACUGGUAUGUUGAUGACUCGUACGGGUGCGGCUGACUCGGAGCUCUCAGACGUCGAGAUUCCAUCCAAAGAAGACAACCCGGUGACAAUGGAAGAUCGCCGACCAAGAAAGAGGGGUCGUAAGCCGGCAAAUGGCCGGGAAGAGCCCCUCAACCACGUAGAAGCCGAGCGCCAGAGGAGGGAGAAACUUAACCAGAGGUUCUACGCACUGAGAGCCGUGGUGCCCAAUAUCUCCAAGAUGGAUAAGGCCUCUCUGCUCGGGGAUGCCAUAACCUACAUCACUGAACUCCAGAAGAAGCUCAAAGAGAUGGAGGCGGAGAGGGAGAUGUGGGGUGAUCCAUCAUUCAUGGAUUACAAACAUCAGGUCCAUUGGCCUGAGAUCAAUGUCCAAGAAGCACGGGAUGAAGUAAUUGUUCAAGUGAGUUGCCCUAUGGACAGGCAUCCGGUCUCCAGGGUCAUUCAAGCGCUCAAGGACUCACAGAUUAAUGUGGUGGACUCGAAGGUUUCCGCUUCUAAUGGCUGUGUCCUGCACACGUUUGUGGUGAAGCCACUAGGGUCCGAGCAGCUUACGAGCGAGAAGCUAAUGGCUGCUCUUAACUCUUGAGUUGAGCGCCAGUUAACAUUCUCAUGACAAGAUGGCUACAUAUUUUAGUUUUCUUUGUUAAGUGAAUUAGUUUAUAUUGACAGUUAUACCACCAUUUAAGAUUCCGUAGCCUAUAACUUAGCUGUAAGACCACUCACCACCAUAACCAUUGCCUACAGUUGGUUGAGUGGGUAAUGCAGUGUACUCGGUGAAUUAAUUUUUGUUCCAUAGAUUCUUUGCUCA